GUCACAGGUUCCUGUUCCGUUGUUGUGGAUAAAGUUUAUUGAAAGCGGUGACGUCACGGGUUCCACGUUGGCCGGACGUGGCAGAGUCUCCUGGUGAAACAACCUCAACGCUUUGUACGGGGCUUUAACAUCCACCUUUUACCCAAACAAUCACACACCACACUCCAUUCAUGGGGCUGACAUUAUCUUCAGUCUUCGAAAGACUUUUUGGCAAAAAACAAAUGAGGAUUUUGAUGGUCGGACUAGAUGCCGCCGGGAAAACCACCAUCUUAUACAAACUGAAGCUCGGCGAAAUCGUAACAACCAUCCCCACUAUUGGUUUCAACGUGGAGACCGUAGAGUAUAAGAACAUCAGUUUCACAGUCUGGGAUGUGGGCGGUCAGGACAAGAUCAGGCCCCUGUGGAGGCAUUAUUUCCAGAACACACAGGGCCUCAUCUUUGUAGUGGACAGCAAUGACCAAGAAAGAGUGAACGAGGCUGCAGAUGAGCUCUCAAAGAUGUUGCAGGAGCAGGAGUUGAGCGACGCCGUUCUGCUGGUCUUCGCCAACAAACAGGACCUCCCCAACGCCCUGUCACUCAGCGAGCUCUCAGAAAAACUGGGUCUCAACGUCCUCCGCAGCAAAGCUUGGCACAUUGAGUCCACCUGCGCCACCCAAGGCACCGGGCUGUAUGAAGGACUGGACUGGCUUUCCACAGAGCUGUCCAAGUAGAUGGACCGGACGGAUGAAAGAGUGAGCCUUUUUAUGGACAUUCAAUCGGGAAACAUUUGGUCUUCCGGCGGCAGACAAUGCUGCAGACUAGUAGGAGGAUGUUUUUGGAUUUUGUAUUUUGAAGCCUAUUCCAUAUUAUCUUUGUUUAGUUUGCUUAUUCUUCUUACCUUUGCAUUCCAUUCUAAGACCAGCAAUCCUUUUGAACACAAUGCAACUGAAUUCUUGAACAGUUGAUGGUCGUGUGGCCUAACAUUCAGUGAACCGUGUUGCCUGCCACUAAAUGAAUCCACAAAGGAACAUUGUGCCUUCCUUUUGCCCUCUUACACCAUCGCAAUCUUUUUUUGGGGAGCAGAAGUUGGAUGCUUUUAUAAGCAACUUGUAGUUUGCAUGACCCUAAACAACCGUCAUUCUCGUUGGUCCAGUCUAGCAACAUACUAACAUAGACCAGGCGUUAGCAUGACAUGAUCAAGUAGCAUUUGUUUGUUUUUCUUUGUGGCAGCAAGCACUUGAAAAACACUUUAUAAUUAUCUGUAAUUAGAGAUGUCCGAUGAUAUCGGACUGCCGAUAUUAUCGGCCGAUAAAUGCUUUAAAAUGUAAUAUCGGAAAUUAUCGGUAUCGGUUUCAAAAAGUAAAAUUUAUGACUUUUUAAAAACACGGACGUAGGGAGAAGUACAGAGUGCCAAUAAACCUUAAAGGCACUGCCUUUGCGUGCCGGCCCAAUCACAUAAUAUCCACAGCUUUUCACACACACAAGUGAAUGCACGCAUACUUGGUCAACAGCCAUACAGGUCACACUGAGGGUGGCCGUAUAAACAACUUUUAGCACUGUUACAAAUAUGCGCCACACUGUGGACCCACACCAAACAAGAAUGACAAACACACUUCGGGAGAACAUCCGCACCGUAACACAACAUAAACACGACAGGACAAAUACCCAGAACCCCUUGCAGCACUAACUUCCGGGACGCUACAAUAUACACCCCCGCUAUCCCCCACCUCAACCUCCUCAUGCUCUCUCAGGGAGAGCGUGUCCCAAAUUCCAAGCUGUUGUUUUGAGGCAUGUUAAAAAAAGUAAUGCACUUUGUGACUUCAAUAAUAAAUAUGGCAGUGCCAUGUUGGCAUUUUUUUCCCAUAA